AUGACUGUCUACCCAAAGAAUUCGGUGCAGAUCUUAUCUGCCCGGGAGCGUGGGGCCCGUGGCCUUGGCUCCCAGCGCCUCCUGCAGCAGCUUGUUGAGGAGAAGACCCGGCGGAUGAAAUGGCAGAGUCAGGUAAGGAGCAUCCUUGGUGAGGCAUGGAUGGCAAUCAUGGAAAUUGUGCAAUGUAACAAGUUUAACUGAAAUGAGUGGGAACUUUUUUGAUGUUCUCUUUUUAUUUGAUUUUCCUCAGAAAGUGGAGUUGCCGGACAGCCCUCGUUCUACCUUCCUGUUGGCUUUUAGCCCGGACAGGUCAGAAUGACGUCCCUUAAAAUGUUGUAUACAUUUUUUGUCUGGAGGAGGUAGAAAGACACCAAGACUGGAAGAUUGUAUGUUAACUGUUAAUGUUUUCCUUUCAUAUAGGACCUUAAUGGCCUCAACUCAUGUCAACCACAACAUUUAUAUCACAGAGGUUAAGACAGGGAAGUGUGUUCACUCUCUAUUGGGCCAUCGCCGCACUCCUUGGUGUCUGACCUUUCACCCUACCAUCCCUGGUUUGGUGGCUUCGGGAUGUCUGGAUGGAGAGGUUCGCAUCUGGGACCUGCAUGUGAGUGGCUGUCAUCUUCUCAUGCAAAGGAGCCACCAUAGACUUCAUUAGAUGACUCAUCUUUGGGAGAUUCUCCUCGACUCCUCCUCUCCUCCGUGACCUGCAAACCGAUAAGUGGUUGAGGACGGUGUCAAUUAAUUAGUAGGCGAAUGGAAGAGUUUGCGCACUACCUUGAUGCACAAGAGUAUUCCACUCAGCGGCUAGAGCGGAAGUGUUUUAAAAUCCGCCACACCCCCUUUGAAUCAGCUGUUGUUUUCUCGAAGGAGAAAAGCAUGCACACAUUUAUGCACACAUUUAAUAAGAAUACGCCACUUAUUAUUUCUUAUUCUUAUUAUCUAUAAAAUGUCUUGCACAACUAGUUAUAUUUGUUUUUAUCACUUUACACAUUUAUUUUGUGAUUCCAUCCCUGUAAAUGUAAUUUGCCUUAUGGAGUGGGGAGUCUCAUUUCACACAAGCUCAUUUGUUUCCUCUCCUCGCCUCCUCUCCUCGAUUACCUUUGAACUUUUUCAAAAGCAGGACAAAGGAGAGGACGCGAGGAGUUUAGCAAAACUAAUUGAGAUUCUAAAUGUUUAUCUGUCCCAUCUUCACGGGUAGCGCCAGUGAGGCCAUCUCUAUUUUAAAGUAGUCAAUUUUCUUAUUUUUUUGUGUUUGAAAAAAUGCAUACAGCUUAUAUUGGUGUUUUACCGCCACCUGCAGUGCAGGAGUCCUGAACCAAAUAUUGUCAUUAAUUUAUUGUGGCGGUGAUACAGCUUAAAGCCAUUUAUAAACCAGGUAACCCAAUUUGAAGAAGAAGCCAAUGCUCUGAUCAUUGGCUGAUCCCUCCCAACCCAUAGAAAUCCCCACCCAGUUGACUACUUUAAAAUGGUGGAAGCCCUCUAUAGAGUACCACAGUAUGAGUCAUAAUACCCAUAAAACCUAGAGGUCAAACAGGGAAAUGGUUCCAAGUUUACCCUGGCAUGACGUUUUGAUAACCGUGUAAAUCUCUCAAGGACAAAGUGACUUAUCAAUAUAUACGCCUGUAUUUAUCCCCCCAAAAUUAAAUGCUAAUUAGCUGCUGAUGUGGCCAUCAUAAAGAACUACAAAUGCCAUGAUGAUCUGGACGAGACUGCCGAAUCUAGGCAAAGGUAAGAAUCUCUGGAUUAACUAUCUAAUGUUAGCUAAAUGUAGUAAUUAAUAAAUUGUUAACAUUUCUUUAAAUUGACAAUUCUGUGAACUGUCUUGUGCAAUUUUUAAGUUGUCAUAAUACCUGUUAGCAAAGGUGUCAGCUAGAGAUUAUGUGCAGGAGCUUGCAGGGAUUUGUAGUUUUGCAUGAUGUGUACUUUGAUGCUAAUUAGCAUUUUCGAAUCUGAGCGUAAAUGAAGCAGAGUAUAUUGAUAAAAGUCACCUUGUCCGAGAGAGAUUUACACGGUUAUCAAAACGUCACACCAGGGUAAGCCUACACGAAUGGGUACUAUGACACCUCCAUUGUGGGGCUCUAUGGCAGUGUCCAUACAAAAACUGGUUAUAUCCAACUAGAGAUCUCCAACUAUCUCUGUGUGUGGUGCUGGUGUAGGUAACCAUGUACUCUCUUGCGUCAUCACAAGUUUUACUCUUUACCAAUCGAUUUCCUUGCACUCGCUUAAAAAUAGUUUGAUGAUAAUCUGGGUUUUUGUGCAUGUGCAUAAUAUUGACAGUAAUCUUCUUCUUUUGUACAUUGUGUGGCCCCACUGAUUCCAAGGGUGGCAGUGAGAGCUGGUUCACUGAAAGCAAUGCGGCCAUUGCCUCCCUGGCCUUUCACCCUACUGCCCAGCUCCUUCUCAUAGCAACAAACAAUGAGGUUCACUUCUGGGACUGGAGUAGGAGGGAGCCAUUUGCCCUGGUCAAGACUGCCAGCGAGACAGAGAGAGUCAGGUCUGACAGAAAGCUCAACCUUCUCGAUCUCCCUAUAAUUUCCACAGUGUUCGAUUAGUUGACUUUGCUGCAAUAUCUGAAUUUGGAAACAGUCAGAUAAUCUCAAAAUGUAUUUAUAGCAAAAUAUAGAUAAUGACACAUGCGAAUGCUCUGUUGCAGACUGGUGAGGUUUGACCCACUGGGUCAUUACCUGUUGACCGCUAUAGUGAAUCCCUCUAACCAACAGGUGAGACUCUGUCUAAUACUUUACAUUAUUGAAGGUCAGUUACAUCAUAUCAAGAACAUUGUGUUCCUGUUGUGUGCUUGUCAGCAGAGUGAUGAUGAUUCUGAGGUCCCCAUGGAUAGCGUGGAGAUGCCCCACUUUCGCCAUCGAUCCUUCCUACAGUCCCAACCGGUCCGCCGUACCCCCAUUCUCCACAACUUCCUGCACAUCCUGUCAUCGAGGAACUCAGGCUCACAGUCUGAGGAGCAGCAUCCUCCCGCGCCUGCUGCCGAUAGUGCUGCUGACUCUCCUCGUCUUCCCUCUGGACGUUAUUCCGCCCUGCGUAAUCGUUCCCGACCCCCCUACCAGGGUUGUGUGCAACACUUUGGUAUGGUUUGCUUCUGCAGUCGGUGCUCUGCCACCCGAGCCCCUUCACCAACUGGAGAGGACCCCUCUGACCCUGAGAGCCUGGAGGCCCAGUCCCAUGCCUCCACCUUCUCCUCUGCUCGCACUGAGCCCCGGCAGCCAUCUGAGCCUCGCUCCUCACACCGGCCCUCUGCCUUCAGCAGUGUGUACGGCAGUGCUAGAGGACACUCUUUACGCACUCCAUCUUCAGGCCCUGGCCAGCGCAGCAUCCCAGGCCUUAUAACCAACCAGGCCCAGGGCCACCAGCAGCCAGGCCGGGAGUGUUCUGGGCGACUGGCGGGGGCAGACUGGAUGGGCAGCAUGCUCAACAUGCGGCCUGAGCGUAGUGGAGGUGUUGGGGUAUCUCCACCCAGGACUAGUGCGUCCUCUGUCAGUCUGCUGUCUGUGCUGAGGCAACAGGAGGGCUCCUUUCAGUCGCCUGUCUACACCUCUGCCACAGAGGGAGGAAGCUUUCCCUCAACAGUAGUGAGCCCCCACACCAGUGGAAACAGCUCUGUAGAUGGACCCAGCACUAGUAGUGGACACCACUCUCUUGGGGAGGGAGGGAGCAACAGCCCCACCUCUAUCCGUAACGUGCUGCAGUGCAACUUGAAUCGCUACUUCAUGGAGUAUGAUCGCAUGCAGGAAAUGGAGCAGUCAGGUGGUGCUGGUGGAGAGAGCAGCCAAGAGCAACAGACGCGGGAGAUGCUCAAUAAUAACAUAGACUCUGAGCGACCUGUCACCCCUCAUUAUCAGCCCCCCGACAGCAGCGAUGGUGGUUCUGGUCCCUCCCGCGGCCAUAUGAACCGCUGCAGGGUCUGCCACAACCUGUUCACGUUUAACCAAGGUACGCAGCGCUGGGAGCGCACCGGCCAGACCCCAUCACAAGAGGAGGGGAGCCCCUCAUGGCAGCCCCCAAGCCCCAACCCUGCCUUUCACACAAUGAGGCAGACUGUGCUACAGGAGCGCCAGUCCUCUGACAGGAGACAGUCGGCACAGACACAGCCCAGUGCUGAUGAACCUGGAGGGGACACGGCCUUCCCUCACCGGGGAACCCCCAGCCCACAGAGAGAACAGGCGGUGGGGUUGGUGUAUAACCAGGAGACAGGCCAGUGGGAGAGGGUUUACAGACAGUCUGCAAGUCCAAGUCCAGCAGUGAAUGUACCACAAGAGGCCUUAAACCAAGAAAUGCCUGACGAAAGCCCCGAUGACGAUUACCUGAGAAGGUGAGAGAAUCGGGUGUUAAGUUCUGUGUUAUCUAUAUUUUGUGCAAUCUGUUAAAUGAAAAACAUUAUUGAUGCAUAGUUUUUUCCAAUAUGCUGGAAGUAGCAUGAAUGGCCUGAUGGCUGAACUCUGACUUUGAGGCAGUACCAGAUGGAGGCAAGAUGCAACAUUCAACACUUAUAUCCUAUAAGCUGCCAAGUCUGCCCUACCACAACACCUACACACCACCCCAAGUCACCCCAUGCUUGUUUUAUUAGUUUAAUCAUACAGGCAGACUUUGAAUGUCUUGCUUUUGUGCUCAUUCAAAGGUGCAUCUCACAUCAGUAUCCCAGAAAAAAAAAAGAUAUCCCAUAAUAUGGUAAUAUUUCCCCGCUAUUUAAAUUCAUUUUUAUUUUUGUUGAUAAAAGGCGUUUUACAAACUUGUGCAGUCAUUAGGGCUAUUUUUUUGGUUAGGAUGUCUGACAAUUAAAGUAUACAUUUAGUUAAGUUUUGAGACAAUGCUCUGCCUCCAUGGCUUCCUCUUCUUGCUCAUUAGCUGCUUGGCAGAUGUGUCUUCUGGAGGGUUUUGUAAUGCCUCCUUUGCAGUUUGCUUUGCCUCGACAGUAGUGGGCCUUACUUGGCCUGUCUGUCUGUCAACUGCCCCACUGGCUACAGUCAGUGGAAUGAUUAGGCUUCGGCCUUCCCGGCCUUCCUGACCAUCUUAGGUUGGCCCUCCUGAGUCUGACAGAGACUGAAUCCAAUGUCAUGAGUAUAACGCAUAGAUGGACUAAGCAUCACAAAACACUUGAAUUGUUUUAAGUAAGUAAGUAGUCUUGCAUGAGUCUUGGCUUGUGCGUGCUGGAAUGGCUCAUAGGAGCAGGACCUUGUUUCUGUAGCUUGAGGCAGCUUGAUGUACAAGGACUCCCCUGGACAGGACGCUAGUCUAUACAACGUGCAAGUGACGUCGUCUUACGUCAUACUUCCGUGUCCUGUCCCCUAAUCUUUUGAUUGUGCCUUUUCAUACAGUAGUAGAGCUUUCUAUUGGCUGAUUCUAAUACUUUCCAAGUGGGGAACUCGGACCUCAUCUUCUACAAGUUUCCAAGUCGGAAAUGUCAGAGUUGUAUUGAACGCAGCAUUACCCCCAAUCUCAUUAAUGCUGAGUUCCAAGCAGAGACGCAUCGGGAAAAGGGCGGAGACAAGCUAAUUUGUGAUGGACCUGUAGAAGCAGGGCUGUCUCCGUGUUGCUCCUCAGGUUUCCACUUGGUGGCAGUAUGGUACUGACUAGAUAUUUAGAGAUGAUUGCCAGGACAGCUCAGCCUCUCCUGUGGCAACUACCAUCGACAACUUACUCGUUUCUAGAAUAGGCAUAGUUAGAUUGGUUAUGGAAUUAGCAUAGGUAUUUGCUGUGAACACAUCAAUUUAAAGAACAAGCCAUGUUAUUUGUAUUCCCACAAAGUAGGAGGAUAUGAUGGGCUCUGCACAACAUGUCUGCUUGACCAAUGGCAGCUACAGAACAAAAGGAUGACAUCUAUUUUACAUAGGCUUAGAAGGUAAUUUGCCUGACGACUCAAACUGAAUUCUUCCGCUGCUCUAUUGUUCGCUACAUAACUCAGUCUGAGACUGCCAUCAAUGAAGUCGUUUGUGCUGACGUCAAAAUGAGGGGUGUUGUACAAAACAAAGUCGUCAGCGAUUGGGUAAUCUAAAACCAAUCAGAGUCUCAAAGACAAUGACGGAUUUUCAAAAUGCCACUUUACCCCACGUGUGUUCUGGCUCUAGCCCAACCCAGUAUCUGGGACCAAUCAGAUGGUCUAGAAUGGAUUUCCAUUCUACAAAUCGUCGGGAAGGCACUCAGAUCCAGACUCCUUGCGGAGAAGAAACUAACGUCUUUGGGCGUGGCGUAGCAUUUGGCUAGAGCAAAGAGUUUGGGUAGCCAGGCAAGAAAGUAAUGGAAAUGGAAAAAGUGAAAUAUCCUAAUAUUUGCAUAACAUUUAGCUACAGUCAUUGAAAACACACAUGGUCAUUGUUUUUUCCCCUCUCUCAUUUUCCCAUCUCGCCUCAAUCCCAAUCCAUCCCCUGUGCCCUGGAAGGUUGCAAUUAGCCUCUGUUUCAAGGGCAAUGUUGUGAACUUUAACCAUGUGAAGUUGCCCUUCCUGCCCAACCCCUCAUUAUCUAGCCUAAUGUUGGGGCUUGGUGCGUGGAGAGCUCUCCAGCAUCUCCAGAGUGCUGCUCUACGUUGUCUGACACAAGGCCAAUGCAUUGGGUCAAAUCUGUAGACCGCCAAGAAGCUGUCUGGAAAGCAAAUGACCAAACUGAAGUUUGAUUUAGAUUCCAGUCUAUCUCAUAGACUCACAGCUGCAGGUCACCCUAAAUGAAAUAUGUUCAAGGUUUUAUGUGACUAUAAUAAUGAUUUUAGAGCUUUAGGCUACUUUGUGUUGUUGAGCCUACUUGGGCACAAUGGCUUGCUUUAAGCAUUCAAUGGGUUCUUUCUUUUGUGUCCACAUUCUGAAGUCAACCUUCUUUGGGCAAAGCAUUGAUAUAGCAUAUUAAAAGUGAUUUAACAAAAUGAAUAGGCCUAGGCUUGUAUUAGGCUCUAUUAUUUAUUGCAGUAAAUGCUUUUUCAAGGAGAGGUGUUGGCUACUGUAUUCUUAGACAUUUUCGGACUUGUUUCGAGCCCAAAUGACUAGAGCAGUUGAGGUAUAAUUUUUAAAAAAGUUAUAAUUGAACAAUUUUUGGCUAACCAAACUUUCCCCAAAGCCACUAAAGUAUAAAGGCCAUUGUUUUAUUAGUUGCCUCACCAUCCUCUGUAUAGAAAUGGCAUUAAAGUCCCGGCUCAGUAAAAGACUGGACCAAUUUAAUGGGUUGUUACACAGGGCUGUGACAUUUCAUAUCGCUAUCAUUUUUUUACUUUAUGUGCUGUCGAUAAUGGGCAAAUGAAUGUCCCUUAGGAAUUUAAUGAGACUUUUUAAUAACUAAAAUGGUGGUUAAAAAGACUAUGAUCCAAUGAGCAGGCUAGCGAGGAUGUAGAUAAAUGUGAAUCUCAAGGAAGGGAAUGCUUUGAGUUAUUCCAUUAAUUUGGCUAUUGUAGCCCUCACAGUAAUGAGCACGUUGUUUUGUGACUUUGAGGUAAGGAUUAUGGCAGGAGGGUGGGAACUGCAUUUUCAGUCUCAUUAGCAUGUCAGCCACAUUGUAAAAUAUUCUAACUGGUUUUAAUGUUGACAAUGUUGGGCUAGCUGGCUGGCCAAUCACUUGAAGUAGUCUGCACUGCAUAUGUGCUAUUUUAAAACAAGUUUUGAAUACAACAAUUGUGUCUUAUGGGGCCCUAAAAUGUCAAAUUCAAGAUUGAAAUUGUCACGUCGUGUCUCUCCUUGCCACACACACAUCCCUGAGCUUCUCUCUAUAGUCACCUUUAAGACGCUGCCAACUUCAAUAUGUUUGUUUUGUCAGGAAUCUGACUCUAUUUUAAACGUUUCAGAUGAAUGGCCUGAAUAACAUAACCUAAAGCCAGUCUUUCUAUGAAACAUCCAAACUCAAAACUGAGUUGAUUGUCACCCAAAAGGAAGCACGUGAUAUGUAGGUUCUCUGGUGUGUUUGUGUUAAUUGUGGAGGUAUCCAUUCUCUUAAUUAUACCUCUGAAAAUUAACGAGAUAGGAGAGAAACAUUGUUUGGAUGCAUCAGUCACAGAAAUGGCUCCUUUUUUUCACUGGAAAGCGGUUUAGACUAGUUGGUGGUAAUGAAUAUGAAAAUGAUUUGGGCUGAUCAUUAAACAACGGGUACAACAACUUUGUUUGUGGUGUUUUCCUUAGUGGAUAUGAACAUCUAACCAUGCCAUUUGCUCUGUUUCUCUUUCAUAGGAGGCUUUUGGAGUCAUCUCAUAUGUCGCAGUCUCGAUAUGACAUAUCUGUCUCCCGGGACCAUCCUAUUUAUCCAGAUCCUGCCAGGUGAGUCUUGUGGCAAGUGGUCAGGGUUAUUGAUGUUUUACUUGAAGUAUGUAAUUCAUGAGAAUAUUAACAUUUUUCAACCAAGCAUACUAGAUUAGCAUGUAGCAUACACUACAAGGACCAACAGUAAAUUGCCACUUCGAUAAAUGGGGGUCUCAAACAGAUUCGCCCUCAGGUGGUUUGAGUAAAAAUAAAUAAAAUAACAUGACUAAAACCAAAUCGAAACUGUGCAGAAAUGAUAUUGGACCUACAUUUAGACAGUCUCUACACUCUGUCUGUCUAUCAAUCAUCGAACAUAAGGGAGACAGUCAGGAGCAUUGACAAUUCUAAAAAACAAUGGAUAGAGCACCAAUUUUGGGCAAAUUUUGAUGGCAAGGAAAUAUAACACAUUUUCAGUUCGGCCCUUCGGACCUCGGUGUAGUGCUCUAACAGGUGCAGACAAGCCAGCAAACAAAUGACAAAUGUUCCCACUGUAAACAUAAUCAUUUCAGUAGCUGCGUAGAGAACCAGGCUGGAAGCCUGGUGAAGUCUGGCCUAAAUUAGCUAAAAAGGGGUGGAGACCUGGUCUAAAUCUGAUGCUUCACAACACGUCAAACCAAUCAAAUGCCUUGCUUGGGCGGAGCUUAAGACGCAGCUCUCCUUCAACAGUCGUGGGGGACCAUUCCAGCGGACCAUUCAAACCGUUUCGGCUAAUACAAAAUUCUUCAGACCUCCAAAGGAGGCGUGAAAACAUUUUUGGAAGAAUGGCUACGCGAGACUACCAUUUCAUCAACCUGUGCACACUUGUCUCUGUGUGGUUCUCAGGCAACAAUAUGUGAUAGCAUUGAACAUUAUAUACUGUAAGACAAACUAGACUGUACAGCCUCAAGCAUAUGAUGCUUACAUUAAGUAUUGUCAAAGGUCACUUCCCUUAACAUCUGCCAGUUGGCUAGCCGUGUAGCAUAUAUUGACUUUUUCUAAUGCACGCAGUUCUUUGAAAUACAUUAUCACUGUUAUAAAUGGAAUUGGACCUGGUUGUCAUUAAAUAUAAAUGGAGCCAGGACAUGGUCUUUUCAUGGUAAUACAUUUUUAUACAUUGCAGGCCCACACAAGUUGUGAUGUUUCUUAGACCUUUGAGCGAAGUGUCCUACCUUUCUAAUACUGCCUUGCUGAAGAGUGAUGAAUUACACCGGGUCUGCUCUGAGCCUGGUGGUUCUGAAUUUAGUGUCUGGGAUUGACUGCCAGCAGACCUCCAAGGUGGUGACCUUGUGAGGUGGAGAGUAGGGCCUAGUCCUCUCAGUAAAAACACAUACAUCUAGGGACAGAGCUGCUCCGCUCAGGAACCAAGGUGCAAUAUUGAAAAUCAACUUGUGACCCAGGGCAGGGACAAAAUGAUCAGUACAACCAACCUUUGGGAGAGAGUGGACACUUGACAAUUGACUUCUCACUCUGUCGUCAUUUUCUUUGACCUGUGAUAUUAAAGGCCUAACACCCUAUCUAGUGGUGAGGAUAGCGGCGACACUUCGUUAUUCUCUCACUUACAUUUAUUUAUUUAUUUAAACUUUAUUUAGGCAGGGUGGAGUCCUGUUAAGACCAACGUGUCUUUUACAAGGGAGCCAUGCACGACAAACACUUACACAAUCAAGGCAGCAUAGGAUCAUAGAAAAUACAGAAAACACCAAACACAAUCAUAAAAAACAACCACAUUCCUCAGUAAAAAGAGGUCCUCAACCAACAAUCAGAGUUUCCCAAGCAAAGGCAUAUUCAGACUGAAUAUAAGGAUCCGUUAAAGGUUUUCUACUUAGAAAAUCCAAAUCUAGUUCCUCUUCCAUUUAAUAUCCUCAAACAUUCAAGAGUAAGAUGUAGCCUAGGCCUAUCUGCAAGAGUAACAGUUACAAAUAGUUCCCACAUGGAAACAUUUCCCAUUAUGUUCUGGCCAUGAACAUUUUCCUACAUGCUGGCAACCCUCCAAUACAAUGCAUUGAGACCAGCUAAAGUAUCUGAAGUGAAAAUGGGUCCUUUUAUGGCCAGUUCCUAGAAAGCCUUUUCUAGGGAAUUACACAAAUCAUUUCCAUUGAACAUUGUGAGAAAGCCAGUCGGGCUUUGUAGGUGCCUUGUCAUUUGUAAUUUGCCAGUAUGACUUGCAGCCAGGAAAGAACUACAUUUAAGAGUAAAUGGUGUCCAAACUCGCAUAAUCUCUGCUGUUAACCUGUUUCAGAGCUUGACAGUGUCUUUGAUAGUGUUUCCUCGUGGGCAGACCUCAUAGAUAUACAUGGCCACUGCUGUUCCUUCUCACCUCUGGAGUAUUGGAAACUCUGUAGAAAAUAACACUAUCUCUUCCCAGUGCAUUCUAAACUCCAGAGUAGAGAUUUAUGAUUUAGUUUCUAGGAUAUCCAGUUAUCAAAAGAUGCUGUCCUGUAAUGGAACCUGAUUCCUUUAAUUUGGCCAUUUUGAACAGGUUUGACAGGUCUGUCACAUCAGAUUCAUAAAGCUUCAGUGGAAUUGAUGGUAGAUGUGACAAACUAAUUUGUAGAGUCAAUUUAGUAUCACUUUUAAUACUUGCCAGGUGUUGAUUUAUUUUCACGUACUCGUUUUCAUUUCCAAUCCAGUAUUUUGCGUUGUAAUCCAAUUGCUGACCCUCUGGGCAUAUUGGUUACAUGAUGGAAUGUCAUGCAAUAACUUUUUGAUUAUUUUACUCAGGUUUUUCCACCUAUUCAAAUAAUUGUACAGGCAGAUUAACUCAUUUGUGACAUGAACAGCUAUGCAGGGAUGGCAUAGCAGGGUACACUAUAACUUCAAGAAACAUUAUCUUAAUACCAAAGUAUUGCAAGCUCCUUGAGCCCUGGUAAUACAAUCAAUGGGAAAGCUAGACUGAGGUGUGCACACAACUUGACUUGUGAUAAUUGGACGGGUGUUGGUUUUGUAAAAAAUCCCAAUCUUCUACUAGUUAUGUCAUUUGGAUGGACUAUCUGUUUAUGUCUGUGGAGUGUCAACGUUGACUGUCCCAGACCCCCUUAUCUGCUGUCAGCAGCACAAACUAACAUAUUUACUUUAUGAUUUGGCUAUGUCUCUUCCUUCACCUCUUCUGAUUCUUGAGCUUUGUUUACUCAAACCAACACAUUGAAUUAAAUCGUAAUACUGUAGUCUGUGGCCCUAGCCCAUAACUUCCCAGUUUAGGCUAUUAUUUACAGUAUCUAACAACAUCCAUUUUCCUCGAUCUGGGUACUCCGACUAGGCUGUAGAUAUACCAUACAAGCUUUCAGAUUCCAAAACAAUUUCUGCACAAUGUUCUCAGUUUAGCGAAUCCUGAUGAAGACAAUUUAUAGUUUUAGUAUUUACACUGAACAAAAAUAGAAAUGCAAUUUCAAAGAUUUUACUGAGUUACAUUUCAUGUAAGGAACUCAGUCAAUUUAAAUACAUUCAUUAGGCCCUAAUCUAUGGAUUUCACAUGACCUGGGAAUACAGAUAUGCAUCUGUAUACCUUAAUUUAAAAAAAGUUACGGCCGUGGAUCAGAAAACCAGUCAGUAUCUGGUGUGACCACCUCUUGCCUCAUGCAGCGCGACACAUCUCCUUCACAUAGAGUUGAUCAGGCUGUUGAUUGUGGCCUGUGGAAUGUUGUCCCACUCCUCUUCAAUGGCUGUGCGAAGUUGCUGGAUAUUGUCUGGAACUGAAACACGCUGUCGUACACGUCGAUCCAGAGCAUCCCAAACAAGCCAUGAAAGAACUGGGACAUUUUCAGCUUCCAGGAAUUAUGUACAUUUUAUAUUUUAGUCAUUCAGCAGACGCUUAUCCAGAGCGACUUACAGUUAGUGAGUGCAUACAUUUUCAUACUGGCCCCCCGUGGGAAUGGAACCCACAACCCUGGCGUUGCAAGCGCCAUGCUCUACCAACUGAGCUACACAGCCCCUACACAGAUCCUUGCGACAUGGGGCUGUGCAUUAUCGUGCUGAAACAUGAAGUGAUGGCGGCGGAUGAACGGCACAACAAUGGGCCUCAGAAUCUCGUCACGGUAUCUCUGUGCAUUGAAAUUGCCAUCGAUAAAAUGCAAUUAUGUUCGUUAUCUGUAGCUUAUGCCUGCCCAUACCAUAACCCCACCACCACCACCAUGGGGCACUCUGUUCACAAAGUUGACAUCAGCAAACCGCUCACCCACACAAUGCCAUACACACUGUCUGCUAUCUGCCGGGUACAGUUGAAACUGGGAUCAACCCGUCAAGAGCACACUCCAGCGUGCCAGUGGCCAUCGAAGGUGAACAUUUGCCCACUGAAGUCUGUUAUGACGCCGAAAUGCAGUCAGGUCAAGACCCUGGUGAAGACGACGAGCACGCAGAUGAGCUUCCCUUAGACGGUUUCUGACAGUGUGUGCAGAAAUUUGACGAUCCCGCAGGUGAAAAAGCCGGAUAUGGAGGUCCGGGGCUGGCGUGGUUACACAAAUGUUUGUUGACACAUUUGACGAGAAAUAAGCAUUGGAGGUGUUAUGUAGGAAAUUAACAUUUUAGUCUACUGGGCAACACUUUGACAUGUUGCAGUUAUCAUUUGUCAAUUGAAUUCAAAAAACUUGUCAGCAUUGUUUUGGACACAACGUCACUGGUGCCUUUUAAGCAGCACAAGUUGAUCUGUAAUGAUUGCUGUUAAUCAUCUUUUGAUAUGCCACGAUGUACGUGAUGGUUACUGAAGUAAAUGAAAGAUCUCAUAAGGUGUCAAAUUUGUGCACACAAUUUAGAGAAAUAAUUUUGAGAAUGUUGAAUCUUUUUUUCAAGACACUCUGCAAUCCGCCCUGGCAUGCUGUCAAUUAACUUCUGGGCCACAUCCUGACUGAUGGCAGCCCAUUCUUGCAUAAUCAAUGCUUGGAGUUUGUCAGAAUUUGUGGGUUUUUGUUUGUCCACCCGCCUCUUGAGGAUCGACCACAAGUUCUCAAUGGGAUUAAGGUCUGGGGAGUUUCCUGGCCAUGGACCCAAAAUGUCGAUUUUUUGUUCCCCGAGCCACUUAGUUAUCACUUUUGCCUUAUGGCAAGGUGCUCCAUCAUGCUGGAAAAGGCAUUGCUUGUCACCAAACUGUUCUUGGAUGGUUGGGAGAAGUUGCUCUCGCAGGAUGUGUUGGUACCAUUCUUUAUUUAUGGGUGUGUUCUUAGGCAAAAUUGUGAGUGAGCCCACUACCUUGGCUGAGAAGCAACCCCAAACAUGAAUGGUCUCAGGAUGCUUUACUGUUGGCAUGACACAGGACUUAUGGUAGCACUCACCUUGUCUUCUCCGGACAAGCUUUUUUCCGGAUGCCCCAAACAAUCGGAAAGGGGAUUCAUCAGAGAAAAUGAAUAAUUGGUUGAUUUAGGUGCAAUCUUACUAGCAGCAAUAUCCUUGCCUGUGAAGCCCUUUUUGUGCAAAGCAAUGAUGACGGCACGUUUUUCCUUGCAGGUAGCCAUGGUUAACAGAGGAAGAACAAUGAUUUCAAGCACCACCCUCCUUUUAAAGCUUCCAGUCUGUUAUUCUAACUCAAUCAGCAUGACCAAGUGAUCUCCAGCCUUGUCCUCGUCAACACUCUCACCUGUGUUAACGAGAUAAUCACUGACAUGAUGUCAGCUGGUCCUUUUGUAGCAGGGCUGGAAUGCAGUGGAAAUGUUUUUUGGGGAUUAAAUUCAUUUUCAUGGCAAAGAGGGACUUUGCAAUUAAUUUAAUUCAUCUGUUCACUCUUCAUAACAUUCUGGAGUAUAUGCAAAUUGCCAUCAUAAAAACUGAGGCAGCAGACUUUGUGAAAAUUAAUAUUUGUGUCAUUCUCAAAACUUUUGACCACGACUGUACACUGAGUGUACAAAACAUAAGGAACACCUGCUCUGUCGGUGACGUAGACUGACCAGGUUAAUCACUUGAUGUCACUUGUUAAAUCCACUUUAAUCCGUGUAGAUAAAGGGGAGGAGACGGUUCAAUAAUUAUUUUUAAGCCUUGAGACAAUUGAGACAUGGAUUGUAUAUGUGCCAUUCAGAGGGUGAAUGGCCAAGACAAAAUAUUUAAGUGCCUUUGAACAGGGUACGGUAGUAGGUGCCACGCGCACUGGUUUGAGUGUGUCAAGAACUGCAAUGCUGCUGGGUUUUUCACGCUCAACAAUUUCCCGUGUGUAUCAAGAAUGGUCCACCACCCAAAGGACAUCCAGCCAACUUGACACAACAGUGGAAUGAAUUGGAGUCCCUGUGGAAUGCUUUUGACACCUUGUAGAGUUCAUGCCCCGACUAAUUGAGUCAAAAAUUAUUAUAUAUAUAUAUAUAUAUAUAUUUGUUUUAUGACAAAAUGAGUAGAAUUUGUUGAAAUUAGUUAGAAAAAUGCCACAUUUCAAUUAGGGCUCACAAAAGGCUAUGGCCGGCUCUGACUGCGUGUGUGUGGGUAUGGAUGUGGGUACACAGACCCGCGAGCCACUGCGGCCCUUUGUGAUGAGUUCAGAUUUUUUUGUGGCCCCUACCCCCAUCAGUUUCCCAUCCCUGGUCUAUAGUCUUCCAAUGUGGUGUAACUCACUGGAUCUCAGCUGACUAUAUACUCUGAGCUCUGUUUACAUGGGGAGCACUCUGUGUUCAGUUAGCUUCCGAGCUGCCCUCCCUGUGUAGGUUUAGUGCUGUGGUACCGGAGUGCAGCUCAAGGCUUAUCCACUUGGAUCAGUCAGUAAUUGAACCACAUUGUAACUAUGGCCCUGAGAGUUGAAGCAUGGAAGAGAGGGAAGUUUACUUUGUUUUUUAGAGAAGCCUGCUCCAUCUUUACCAUAUGUGGGCUCUGACAAUACAUGGUCUUGGGUUUGUUCAGGUUUUUCUGGUAUUAGCACUGCUUUCUGCCUGGUUUGCUUGAUUUUAUUUGUCAGUUCAAACAAAUACAUAUCUACACAGUGCAUACAAAAAAAAACGUGACUGGGAUAGCACAGUAAAGUCAGACUUAUUUCCAUUGUGGUCUAUUGCUCUUGGGUUAUCUGAUCACCAUUUGAUUUUAGUUGUGUGUCCUUGCUGUGUUCACAGGUUGUCCCCUGCUGCAUAUUACGCCCAGAGGAUGAUUCAGUACUUAUCUCGGCGGGACAGCAUUCGCCAACGAUCACUGCGCUACCAGAGCCGACUGCGACCUCUCUCAUCCACCUUGGACAGCCCAGGAAACAACUCCUCCCCCUCCAUUGAGAACAAUGAGGUGGACUUUGAGGAGUUUGAGUGA